GUGACGGUAAAUAAACAUGGCGGCGCCCUUGGAAGACAAGUGAGACACACGAUGGCUUUGUCAAGUGCAAAUAUCAGUAAAUGUUGACGUACUAUAUAAUACAUAAAGUGGCACAGAGGAGACGAUUGCACGUCUGAUCCAUGAACGUUUUUCGAUAUGGGUCUGCAGGUCUUGGACUGCACUUGUGGGGAUCCAGAGUUGGAAGACUGAGUUACAGCAGCAAUGCGAAGGAAACAGUUGGCACUGAGCUAAACCCCAGCCGAAUCAAACACCUCCAGUACAAACAUGAAAAGGAAAAAAGGCAGAGAGAUCGGCUAGCAGCUAUUAAAGCAAAAGGAGAAUAUGCAAAUGAGGAUGAAGAGAAGACAAGUAAAUGGUUAGAAAAAGAAAAGAUAACUUACAACAUUUUAACAAAGCCUGGAGAGAAAAAAGAUACAUCAAGCCCUUUACCUCCUGCUUACAGCCCUUUGUAUGUGGAGGCAUGCUGGUAUGACUGGUGGGAGAACCAAGGCUUCUUUCAGCCUGAGUAUAAUAACCAUAUUCCACAUGCUGUGAAUAAAACAUUCUCUUUGUGUAUUCCUCCACCAAAUGUGACUGGGUCUCUACACUUAGGCCAUGCUCUCACUGUGGCAAUUGAGGACUCAUUAGCUCGCUGGAGGCGAAUGAAAGGCCACAAAGUGCUUUGGGUGCCAGGAUGUGACCAUGCUGGAAUUGCAACACAGGCAGUUGUGGAGAAGAGAUUGUUAAGAGAAAAAGGACUGCAACGCAAAGACAUGAGCCGGGAGGAAUUCUUGACUGAAGUUUGGAGAUGGAAAGAGCAAAAAGGGGAUGAAAUUUACCAUCAACUGAAGAAACUGGGUGCUUCACUAGAUUGGAAGCGAGUCUGCUUUACAAUGGACAAAAAAUUCUCCACUGCUGUAACAGAGGCAUUUGUAAGACUCUAUGAGGCAGGGCUCAUCUACAGAGGAGAACGAUUAGUCAACUGGUCGUGUGCCCUGACAUCAGCUAUAUCUGAUAUAGAGGUAAACAAAGUAUGUUUGUUGGGAAAAACGUUGUUAAAUGUCCCAGGUUAUGAAGAGAAAAUAACUUUUGGCACCAUGACGCAUUUUGCCUACCCCUUGGAUGGAGAAGAAGGAGAAAUCAUAGUUGCCACUACACGCCUCGAAACAAUGCUGGGUGAUGUGGCCAUUGUUGUCCACCCUGAUGAUUCACGAUAUACAAGUCUUCAUGGGAAGCAUGCCUGUCAUCCAUUUACAGGAAGAAUGUUACCCAUUCUUACUGACACUUUGGUUAAUCCACAUCUGGGAACAGGUGCAGUAAAAUGCACUCCUGCACAUGAUGCUGUUGAUUUUGAGAUAUCUGAGCAUCAUGGUCUUCCACGUCUCUCAGUAAUUCAUGAAGAUGGCACUAUGACAGGGCUCUGUGGAGAAUGGCUGCAGGGAGUCAAACGUUUCUUGGCAAGAGAGCGAGUAUUGGAGGCUUUAAAGCAGAAAGGACUCUACAGAGGAACUUAUGAUCAUGCUAUGGCUUUGCCACUGUGCAGCCGCACAGGUGAUGUUGUGGAGCCUCUUUUGAAGAGCCAGUGGUUUUUGAGAUGCGAUGAAAUGGCAAAGCGAGCAGUGGAGGCAGUGGAGUCUGGCAAUCUGGAGUUUAUUCCCCAUUUCCACAGAAAAACUUGGAACACAUGGUUAUCAUCUAUCAGUGACUGGUGCAUUUCAAGACAGCUUUGGUGGGGCCAUCAGAUUCCAGCAUACCAGAUCUCAAUUACAGGGUCAUAUAAGGAAGAAAUGCAAAAUGACAGUGAAGGAAUAUGGGUUUGUGCAAGAAAUGAAGAUGAUGCCAAAGCAUUAGCUUCAAAAAAACUUCAGAUUCCACAAGAUCAGAUCACCCUGACACAAGAUCCUGAUGUUUUAGAUACCUGGUUUUCUUCUGGUCUGUUUCCAUUUGCUAUGUUAGGCUGGCCUGAACAGACACCAGACCUUCAGCACUUCUACCCAAACAGCCUACUUGAGACGGGAAGUGACCUCAUCUUCUUCUGGGUGGCACGCAUGGUGAUGCUUGGCCAGGAGUUAACAGGAAAAUUGCCUUUUAGCAAGGUGUUUCUGCAUUCAUUAGUGAGAGAUGCUCACGGAAGGAAAAUGAGCAAAUCCUUGGGAAAUGUCAUUGAUCCUUUAGAUGUCAUAUCCGGGGCAUCUUUGCAGACUUUACAUGCAAAAUUACAGGAAGGCAACCUUGAUCCAAAAGAACUGAAGAUAGCAAUGGAAGGACAGAAGCAAGACUUUCCAAAGGGAAUUCCCGAAUGUGGUACUGAUGCCCUAAGAUUUGCUUUGUGUUCCUACCAUUGUCAAGGUGAUGACAUCAACAUGGAUAUCAAUCAGGUCUUGAGUGCCCGUCACUUUUGUAACAAGAUUUGGAAUGCAGUUAAGUUUACUCUGAGUACGCUGGGAGAAAACUUUGAACCAUUACCACUGAUUGAGAUAUCGCCAGUCUCAGCUAUUGACCGUUGGAUAUGCAGCAGACUAUAUGGUACAGCACUAGACUGUUCACAAGGCUUUGAAAAUUACGAUUUUCAUGCUGUUACCACAGCCAUUCAUAAUUUCUGGCUGCACAGCUUCUGUGAUGUUUAUUUGGAAUCAAUAAAGACGAAGCUGAAGGAGGGGUCCACCUAUGAGAUGCAGCAAAUCAGACAGAUCCUUUAUCACUGUGUGUACCAGGCCUUGGCCUUGCUGGCUCCCUUCAUGCCAUACCUUUGUGAAGAGCUAUGGCAGAGGCUGCCAUGUCUGCACAAUAAUGACCUUUACCCAAGUAUAUGUGUAGUACCAUACCCGGUGCCAAGUGACCUGGCACAUUGGAAUUUCUGCAAUGAAGAGGCUCAAUUCCAACUUGUCAAGGAAACCGUCCGGGUUGUGAGGUCUUUACGGGCACAGUACCAGCUGACCAAAGCAAAGCCAAAUGUGCAUAUUCAUUGCAGCAGUGAGCAGCAGAAGACAAUACUAGAAUCCUUCAGCGGCCCUUUGCAGGCCUUGUGUCGUGCUGGAAGCCUAUCCAUUUCUGACUCAGUAGACCAACGCCUGGGUGGCUGUGCAGUCGGCAUUGUCAGCGAUACCUGCCAUGUGUACCUACAGAUUCAAGGUUUGGUUGACAUUCACAAGGAGAAGAACAAAUUACAUGACCAAACAGAGAAAGUAAAGAGUCAGUUAGAAAAAACUUUGGCUAAAACUCGGCUUCAAGAUUAUGAAGUAAGAGUGCCUGAGCAUAUCCGAGAAGAAACUGCAAACAAAAUUUCUGCUCUGAAGAAUGAACUGGUACAAAUUCAGCAGGUGGUAGAGGACCUGGACAACAUGCUUAAACAGAAAUGAAUCUCUUGAGUGAGACUUGUGGAGUGAAGGCUCUGCCAAAAACCCAGAAGUGGCACAGCCAGACCACCAAAAGGUGGUUUAGUUUUUGUGCGUCCAAGUUUUAAUCAAGAACUCAAUCAAGUAUUCUCUCAUUAUUGUGGGAUGUCAGCUUUUUAUGAGAUUUGAUCUAUUUGUAGAACUACGAGACUUGUGGGAGUUUUAUUUCCGACCAUCCGAAAUUCAUACUGCCUAAACUAUUCCUUUGGCACCAUUAUGUUAAAGUUGGAGAAACUGGGAAGACUGUGUUCAGCAAAAACAUUUACCGAAUGUCUGACUGCUAGGAAGUCUUGGACUUGUUCAGCCAGGGUCCCUGCACGCCCAACAAGCUGCUUUUCUGUGAAGAGUUUAUUUAUCCUGGGCUAGCCCAGUGAGUGCGACUCGGUCAGCCUUAAGGUUAUCACAAUUCAAACUUGUGGAUUCCUGUUGCAGGCGAUUCCUCCUCAGGGGUUCCAUGGCUUGCUUUAUCCCACUGGCUGUAGGUCUGUGUGUGUUUAGCUGGUGGGAGAGGUUAGGUCAUCGAGCAGCCUGAAAUAUUUAUGGGCCAACCAGAAACAUGCGGUGCAUGCCGCAUUAAAGGACACAAGACAAGUAAAAUCACAUCCGUUAGCCACAGCGGGGAGGGGAUCUCCUCCGGCGGGACUAGCGCACACAAUAGCUUAGGAUUA